AUUGUGUUUGAAUGUCCCCAAAUCACGAAUAGUUUACUGCACUGUAAUACAAUUUACAGGUUCUAGUUUAAGAAAAGAAAAUGACAAUGAAAGUUUUAGCGAUAUGUGGCUUGGCUGUCGGAUUUGUAUCAUUCGUUAUGGGAGUUGUUGGAUUAUGUACAAACAACUGGCGAACAGGAGAUACCCAUUCAAUUGGUUUAUGGAAAAGAUGCGAAGCUUCAGGUUGCAAUGAUAUACAAGUUGGACAGAAGAAACAAGAAUACUUCGCAUUUGAGACUAUCCGAGGCUUUGGCAUACUAGCUGUGGCAAUGGCAUUUGCGGGAAUGGUGUUUGGAAUUGUAUCUUUGAUCAAAACAAAGAAAAUUGGUCCAUCAGUCGUUGCAACAUUUUAUAUGAUGGGAGCUUUAUUCAGCCUUAUCUGUGCGUCGGUAUUCACAAGUCUAAGUCACUCUGUCAAUACAUCUUGGGGAUAUUCUUUCAUUCUCACAUGGAUCGCAUUUCCACUCUCUCUCAUUGCUGGUGUUAUGAUGAUAGUCGUAACGUUCUCAACCAAAGAUGACGAAUAAUAGACCACACUUUUUUACAAAAUUUUUGGAAAAACAUUUUAUAGUUUUUAUUACUCCUGAUUUUACCUCACCUUACUUUUCCAAGAUAGUUUAUGAAUCAUACUUGAGGCAUCAUUCAAUUUUAAAUGCAUUGUUAUUUUAUUGAGAAGUGGAAACUACAUCUUACGAUGAUAUCAGUAGAAAUUGUGAUACCUAAUGCUUUUACCUAA